CAAAGAAAUUUUGUAAAUUUUCGACAUGAAUUCUGCAAAUCGCAGCCAUUGUUUUAGUUCAGAUAUAAUAUUUGAAAUAUUAUCGCGUUCAUCGUUGUCGACUUUAGGCAAAUGCCGUCAACUUUCUAAGGACUGUAAUUCUUUAACUUACGAGGCGUCUUUUACUAAUCUUUAUUGUAAAAGAUCUAAUGUUUUGUCAGGGUUUUUCUUACAGAAUCUGAAGAGAAACAAACAUUCUUCGCAGUUUGUCUCCGUUGACAAUUCUGAUGCCGAUAAUAGUUUGUCUCUGGAUUUUCUUUCCAAGUCUGUUCAAAUUGUAUGCUCGACAACACAAGGUUUUUUACUCUGUGUUGAUCAGAACUGCAGGGGUCCGAGAUAUUAUAUCUGUAAACCCACUACUAAGGAAUGGAAAGUUCUUCCAAAUCCGAAAACUAGAUAUUUUACGGAGAGAAUAGGAAUGAUGGUGCUGAAUUCGCAUCCACUGCGGUACAAGAUUGUAAGAUUUUCGAAACAGAAGUUUCAAAAAUCUUGUCGGAAGUGGGAUGAAUUCAAUUGUCUUAGGUGCGAGGUUUUUAAUUUUUCAACUUCGGAGUGGAAGCAGCAACAGGAUGUGAAAUUAUCUUACGGUGAGUUUCUUAGCUCCUCGCCAACUGUUUCUGCGCGAGGCUCGCUGCACUGGCUCACGAACAAGAACAAUGUCUUCGCAUUCCAUGAAGAUACCGAGACGUAUAGUCUGUUUUCACUUCCUUCGUCGGUUUCUCUGUCUGAGGAUGAUUAUGGCAGUGGCUUCCAACUGGUUGAGUAUGAAGGAAAACUUGGACUGAUAUGUACAGAACACAACUUUAUGGAAUUGUGGAUAUUGGAAAAUUAUGAGCGGAAAAUAUGGAGUCUGAGGCAGAAAAUUAGUCUUGAAUCUUUAGAAGGUGAAGUGGGAUGCGGAAAUUUUCUCGCUGUGUACAAUUCUGAUGUUGCAUUGAUGCGAGGGUUCUAUAGGGCUAUAUUUUACAAGUUCAAAAAUGGAUUAGCUACAAAAAAAGUAAUUAUCAAUCAUGAAAGCAUGAGGUCUGAUGGAGUUUUUCCUUUUCGGUCUGAUUUUGAGCUAAGCAAUUUGAAGAAUGAAUAUGUGGAGACGUCAAGCUCAGGUCAAAAAUCACGAAAAAGCAACAAAUCAUCACUGCAAACUCAUAUUGUUAAUGAGUCGGCGAAUCUGCCUGAGUCGACGAAUAUGCCAGAGUUGACGAAUAUGCCAACAUCUCGUCAGAAUCUAUCUUUCAGUGUUUCUCCUGAUUGUUUUUUUCUAGUAUUACUGUUUUUGUUCACUUUCUUCUGUUUUAUUUUUGAUUUUUAGACUGUUAGUCUUUAAUCAGUUGGUUAGAUUGAUUUACAGCAACAUUUUUAAUGU